AUGACGACCAGGAAUGGCGGUGUCCGUAACACGGACGCCUUGACGGGGAAUGCCCUGGAUAAGCCUAAGGAGGUGUCGGCGGUGGUUGACGCUGCAGCAUCCUCGGCUGUCAAGCGUAUAUCGGAUCUGUUCACGGAGGCGGAUAAGGACGCGCUUCAGCCGGGUGUGUCGGCGCAGCGAGUGCAGGAUGCUGCGCGGAGUCUGCUGGGAUCAGCGGCCUCUGGUGCAACGUUGCCUCCUACGGAUGGUGUUGACAAGCCUGAGCCUGCAGAUGGUGCGGGAGGCAACAAUGUCAGCCAGGAGAAGCGUCAGGCUACGACGACUGUCUUACCUACGGACGACGAUGAAGAGGACGACGGGUACCUUAGUGAUGACCCUGAAGAACGUUAUGAUGCAUCCGCGAAGAGCGAAGUUGCUCAGCGUGUCCGUUUCGCCAUUGUCCUGCUAAUCCCUCUUGUCUUCAAGCCGGAGGUGACGCGGGUGCAGGCGACUCUGCGCGCGCUCUUUGCCCUGUGGAAGAAGGAGUUGAAGUUUGAGAUUCAAGGGGAGACGAAGUUUCAGGAGCUAUCUGUGGUGUACUUAAACAAGAAGCAGUACAGCCGUCUGCAAGUUACCUUUGAGCGAGCGCGGGACGCGAACUUCGUCUGGAAGCACGGUAUCGUGCACGUGUGUCUGGAUGGGAAGCGGAUCAGCCUCGACUGGCAGCACCCGGUUGACCCUGCGUACGUGAAGGCGCGAGCUGCAGACCCAACGCUGAUCACAGAUCUGACCAGGCUCAUCUUGAAGGACCCGGCGGUGGUGCUGAUUUCGACUGGAGUGAACCACGAGGAAUGGAUCUGUGUGCAGGAGUGCUGCGAGAAGGCGAAUGGGGUUACCUUUGCACAGGCGGCAGAGCAUGUGGUCUCACAGAGGCACAGCGACGGGGUGUCAGCCGGUUUCGCAUCGCGUGCCUCAAAGGCAGGUGUGGCGCUGCAGGCGGCGAAGAAGGAGUUCGGUGUGUGA